GCAUCAUUGCUGCUCAUAUUUGCCAAGAGCCUGCCAUUUUGUAAGAUAGAAGGGAGAUAAAAAAUAGUUUUAUGGUGUUAAAAUUUUACAAAAACGUCGUUGCCAUUUGUGUUAGGGCCCAAAACAAAUGUUUAAAUGGACGCAUCGUCCAUUAUAACUCAGGUGUCACGGGAUGACGAACAAUUAAACAAUUAUGGAUCCGACAGAGGGUCAUCCCCUGGCGGGCAGCAUAAUGAGGGUGAUGGGACACCAGUGUCAGGGUCUACUCCUUUGGGGAGUAAGAAGUCGAGUGGGAGCGGUGGUUUCCUGCGAUCGCUGUUGUGUUGCUGGCGCGGCGGCCGAGGCAAGGGCCCUCCCGGCGGGAAUGGCACGAAUAGCAUCGACGGCAGGGCUUCCCCUCCGCUCCUGGUUAUGCACGACCAUGCCCCCAGACCCUUGUUGCCACCAGUGAGACAUCAGGAUAUGCAUAAAAAGUGUAUGGUCAUAGACCUCGAUGAAACAUUAGUGCACAGCUCCUUCAAGCCCAUAAACAACGCAGACUUCGUGGUGCCGGUAGAGAUAGACGGCGCGGUGCACCAGGUGUACGUGUUGAAACGGCCGCACGUGGACGAGUUCCUGCGGCGCUGUGGUGAACUGUACGAGUGCGUACUGUUCACCGCCUCGCUUGCCAAGUACGCCGACCCCGUGGCUGACCUGCUGGACAGAUGGGGCGUGUUCCGCGCGCGGUUGUUCCGCGACAGCUGCGUGUUCCACCGCGGCAACUACGUGAAGGACCUCAACAGCCUCGGCCGCGACCUCCGACGCGUCGUCAUUGUCGACAAUUCGCCAGCUUCGUACAUAUUCCACCCGGACAAUGCUGUACCUGUCGCGUCAUGGUUCGACGACAUGACAGAUUCAGAACUAUUGGACUUGAUACCGUUUUUCGAGAAACUAAGCAAGGUGGACAGUGUAUACACAGUGUUGCGCAACUCCAACCACCCGUACAACCCGACACAGAACAGCUCGCCGGCCACAUAGCCGCGGCCCCCGCCCCCCGCGCCGCUGCGGGCCGCGCACAGCGCUCGCGAGCGCGCACGCCAUGCUCGCGAGCGGCCGCGCCACGCUCGCGAGCGGCCGCGCUGCGAAUGCGCGUGCUCGGAGCUCGCGCCCGCGCCGCGGCCCGCGACCUUGACGACCUUCCUCGAAACGAUCAUAAAGAAAGGAGCGAACUUCGUCUUAAGUGCCAAUUUUGCCUUCUGGAUAGUGAGGACGUUGUUUGUACCUAUUUUACAGUUUAGGUAUUUCCUAGUGCGUAAGUGGUCCGUCUGAUGGAUAUGUGAUGUUUUUUUUAUUUAGCGCUGACGGCUUGCGGUGAUCUUGUGCGUGCGUCCUCGACUCUGCGUGAAAUUUUGACUUUUUAACCGUUUACCUCUUUUUUGGACGUCUUCGAUGGUACGAUUUCUCUUUCUAUAUCAUGCUUGGGAUCAAAUACGAGUAAGUUAGGAUACUUCGUCGACGUGGUCGCUACGUUUUAGUUUAGUUCGUCCGGUUCGAUAGACCGCCGCCGCUCGGCGUAGCUCCGAUGCUUGCUUAUCUGUGCGCUGUAACAUAACUCGAUAGACUUGUAACAUAAUCACGGAUUCUAAACAAAUUCGACUGGUAAUAAGGUAGGUGUCCAGUUAAGCGAAUUUGUAAAUAUUUUUUAUAAACAGGACGACGCUUGAAUCAUUGAUUAGAUAACUACGAUUGUGAAUAAUUGUAAUGUAUAUAAUUAUUGUAUAACUAUGAUAUAAAAAGUAAAAUCAGGUGAAAUAUAGCACUUAAGGUGAGUAAGAUCGCGCACUGUCAUAUUAUUCGGCGUUACACUAUUUUGUAUUAUGUGAUGAAAAACAAAAUGCCAUAUAAUUUAUCUUAUUCUGAACCGUCUCUACGCAUCUGUUAUUAUAAGUUACCGAUUGUAACUAUGAGAUUAAAAUUUAGAUAUAAAUAAUAAUAAAUGUUGUAUGGAAUAUUAAAACACAUAAGGUAUUUUGAUCACAUUAUGAAAUAGAAAAUAGUGUAAACAGACUACUCGUAAGGUCUGUACACAGUAAUAUAUUGUAUGUAUAAUAAUAUGCCUAUGUUAGGAGCCGUGUGUACACAUCUUUAUGUACUGCAGUGAUUAUUAAUUAUAUAUUUUUCAUUAUUGCAUUCGUGACAAUAAGAAGUCAAUCGCGUGAGUGUCAUAUGAGUUACUAAUGUAAUUUAAAUAAUUAUUUUAUUAAACGGGUGAACAAUAUCAGAUCGACUUGGCAUCUAAUUGUAUUAACUAAUGCUAUCGUAUAGAAGGAGUAGACGUCGUACUGUUCACCGCACAUCAGAAUAUAAUUUUUAGUUGCAAAAUCGCUUCUAUUACAGCUUCUUAAAGUUUACAUUGAUGUGUCGUCA